CGAGCAAAAAGUUGCCCCGCGCUUGUUAAGUUCCGUCCGUUCUUAUUCCGUUAUCAAAAUCUCGCGAUCGCCUCGUCAUUCUUUUCUUCAACCUCUUUCUUGCUAAUAGUACCUUCUCACCAUAGCAAGUUCUGAUCUGCCGUGAUUUUUUGUUCUGAUACCGCACCCUGAUACCCAUUCGCUGUCUUUACUUGCAACUCUUGGAUUCCAGACGUAAUGGCUCCUCGUACUGAUUUCCCCCCUGUUCGGGCCUGUCUUUUCGACAUGGAUGGCCUCCUUCUCGACACCGAAGACAUCUACACCAAGUGUGUCAACAUCAUCCUCGAAAAGUAUGGCAAGGGAACUCUCCCGUGGUCUAUCAAGGCCAAGCUUCAGGGACGCCCUGGUCCUCAAGCCAAUAAGAUCUUCCACGACUGGGCUCAGCUCCCCAUCACCUCCGCAGAGUACGUCGCCGAGAACACGAUGCUCCAGAAGCAGCUGUUUCCAGACACAAAGCCUCUCCCUGGUAUCGUCGAUUUGCUCGGCCACCUAGGCCGAACCCGAUAUUGGGAGGUCAAGGAUGGUGCUACUACUGAAGCUAAGGGCAAGUCCAGAAGUGAGCCUCAACGGGUUCACAUCGCUCUGGCCACUAGCUCCCAUCUUGGUAACUUCCGUGUUAAGACAAGCCACCUCGAGGAGCUUUUUGCUGUUUUCCCUUCCCACCGCCGUGUCCUUGGAGACGAUUCCCGCCUGACUCCUGGCCGCGGAAAGCCUCUGCCCGACAUCUUUCUUCUCGCUCUGAAGACCAUCAACGACAGCCUUCCUGCUGGCGAACGACCUAUCACCCCUGAGGAGUGCCUUGUUUUCGAAGAUUCAGUCCCUGGUGUCGAGGCUGGUCGUCGUGCCGGUAUGCGCGUGAUCUGGUGCCCUCACCCGAUGUUGAAGAAGGAGUACGAUGGACGAGAGGCUGAGGUCCUCGCUGGACGCACUGGUGAGGCUGGAGAAGUCGAUCUCCAUCAGGUUGGUGAGAUUGACGAUGGUUGGGCCGAGUACAUGCUCAGCCUUGCUGACUUCCCCUACGAAAAAUUCGGCAUCGUCGUACCUCCUGUCGAGGUUGAGAAGGAAGAUUGCAUGAAAGAGGUGUCCAAAGAGAUUGUUGCCGAAGUCUAGGAGACUGAGCCGAUCGUUCCUGGCGGGCCGCUGGUGAUGAAGAAGUCGCUAGACUUUAGUCGGCGCAACUAGAUGCACGGUGAAUGCGUCAUUUUUCAUGUUACCUGGCGAAUGAGCAUCGAUGAGGACAUGACGAGAAUAGGACGGUUUAGACAAAAAGAUGUGGCGUAAAGAAUUUGCUCUUAUGCAGUUGACUUGUUUUGUUGCGUUCGUCACACACGAUAAUAGAUAAUGAAUCUGAGGACAUGAUACCCAAGCAAGAAUCCAUUACCUAUUUCUAUGUGACAUGUCAUGACUGGACCCUGUAAACUUACGGCAAUAGGAGCUUACCAAGAUCGACAAAU